CCCCCCCCCCCCCUAAAAAAAAAAGAAAAAAACUCAAAUUGCCCAUUGGAAGAGACGACAGAGCUCGCACCAGAGAAGAUGUUGUAGAUCGGUCAGCUAGCUUAAAAUCAAUCGACAUUGCAUUGCUCAAUAAGGUCGGGAAAAGUAAUGGAAAACAAUGAUCUUCAACUGAAUUCUGUUGAGGAGGUAGGGCAUGUUACCUUGUCUGAUCCAGUAUCGGAGUAUUUAGUUCCUGCCAUGGUUUCUGAAGCAGCGUCCGUCUGAAGAAUGUGCCCCUAGUGCUAUAGUGUCUCCAAUGAAGACUAUACAGACAGUUGUAUUAACUAACAAAGUUUUUGUGUAUUCUUGGAUUGAAACUCCUAGAGUUGGCAUGGUAUUUAAAUCGUGGCAAGAUGUGGAAUGCUACUUUAAACAAUAUGCUGAGCAAAAAGGAUUCGGUGUCACUAGGGCUCAAGGAUAUCUUUCCAAGAAGGAUAAGGAGAGGAGGGGGGCAACAUGGAAAUGUGAAUGUUGGGGUCAUCCAGAGAUGAGGGCUAAGGCUAUGGAUGUAAGUGGGACUAGUGCUGAUGUAGAUGGAGUUGUUGUGGAGGAUGAGCUUGCGCGUGGGAAAAGAACAUCCAAGAAAUGUGAAUGUGAAGCAAAAGUUUAUGCUAGUGUGAAUAAUGAGGGGCUUUGGGUGUUGAGAAAGGUUCUCGUUGAUCAUAACCACAAAGUAUCCCCUGGCAAGUCCAAGUUAGCGAAAGAAUACCGUAUGAAGAAUUGUACUACCAAUGUGAGAAAGAAUUUGAUUAAUUACUUUGAUGAGGGUGUCCCUGUUUCACAAAUACAUGGAUGCUUAGGCAUGGGUAAGGAUGGUGAGAACAUGCCAACAGUGAAGGAUUUACAACAUGAGGUGUACAAGGAGAGGAAAGCGCGGUUGAAUGUGGCCGGUGGCGAUUGUGCUACUAUGAUGUAGUAUUUUGAGAAAAUACAAGAUGAUAAUUCCAAUUUCUACCACUCACACCAUAUAGAUGAUGAGGGACAGAUGAAAGAUGUCAUGUGGGUGGAUGCUCGUAGUAGGGCAGCGUAUGAGUGUUUUAGAGACGUGGUGUGCAUGGAUGCAACUUAUUUGACCAAUGAGUAUGAGCUUCCUUUCGUAAAUUUUGUUGGUGUAAAUCAUCAUCGGCAAUCUAUUUUGUUAGGAUGUGCAUUGGUAUCACAUGAAGACACGGACACUUAUGCUUGGAUAAUUCGUCAAUGGUUGGCAUGCAUGAGUAAUAAGCCAUUCGAAAGGCGUUGACGCUGGAAAUGCUAACCGCUCGUCACCGUUGGUGCAUUUGGCACAUCAUGCGGAAAAUCCCUGAGAAGUUAGGAAAAUGUUAUGGGUACAUGGACUUUAAAAGCUCGCUGAAGGCUCUUGUAUAUGAAAGUUUCAAACGAGGAAUUUGAAAACAGAUGGAACUCAUUGAUUACAACAUACAAAUUGGAGGAAAAUCAAUGGUUAACCGAUCUUUACGACGAGUGGCAUAUGUGGGUUCCUUCGUUCAUGAAGGAGCACUUUUGGGCCAGAAUGAAAACAACACAGCGAGUGGAAAGUAUUAAUAGCUUCUUUGACGGCUUUUUUUAAUAGGAGUACAAAGUUGUAUGAGUUUCCAAUGAAGUACACCAGGGCAAUGACAGAGAGGGUGAAGGACGAAACUAAUGCUGACGCCGGGUGCUCCAUGUACAUUCGGCGCCUUGUAAGCGGGUUCAAGGUGGAGAAAUUGUUCCAGAAAAUUUAUACAGACGCCAAAUUCCAAGAAGUCCAAAAGAGUGCCCGUAUGAUGUAUGUCUACCCUAGGGAUGAGUGGUAAGUCGAAGAAAAUGUUUUCCAGUACACGUUGGGGGAUCGGGUUUGGAUGAUCCCCGAAGGAUCAAAGAUGGAAAAACUGACUUACAGGCCCAGGUUAUAUUGUGUAACUUGUAACACUUUGACUAAGGAUGUAUCAUGUGAUGGUAGGAAAUUUGAAACGUUUGGUAUUUUGUGCAA